CGCAUGGUCGCAGGCUAAAGAUAUUUGUUUACAGUCGAGCGCGUUCAUAAGUUUCAGCUCUAGUCGUCACCCUCACGCGUUCAUUUGAAGGUGUGUAAACGGGACUUGGUGAUCAUGUGGAACUCAGCAGCUUUCGCUCGGAGUUAACGCUCACAUAUUUGGGAAGAUGUCGGUAGCAAGCGUCAAAAAUCAGUCGAUAAAUUACUACAGCGAAAACACACCGAGGGACGAGUAUCAGAAUACGUGACACUGACAGGUGAGGAUGGAGAGGAUGGAGAGGACCGCGCUCCGGCGCUUCGGGGACAGCGGCAUGAUGCUUCUGCCCUGGACUAAACAGAUCCUGACGGUUGUGUGGGAACACUUGCGACUGCUGCUCCAGGUCAUCUGCUGCACUUUUAUGACGGUUUUCCAGAUGUUCAGGUUUGAAGUCCAUCUGAGAAUCACAGAUGAGACAGGGCAACACAUUCAGCACAUGACAAGUGGCUCAGGAGACCCAUCUGACAGUUUCCUGCUCUCUUCCUUGUUUGAAAACAACAAAAACAUGGUGGUCGGGGGUUCCAGUUCGCUUUCGAAAUUCGGCAGAGACCCGUUCGACGUGGGCUCCCACUCCAGAGCCGUCCUGUCCAGUCUGGUCAGCGAUGAACUCUGUUGCUCCUUGGUGGACGACCUCGUGUCCCAUGCAACAGAGUGCCUCAAUGACACAGAAGAUCUCUACAUUGGAGAUCACUCCGUGUGGAAACACGGAUAUGACUGGACCGUUUUAGGAGGUUCCGAGAGGAAAUGUGCAGAGAGCACCUGCACUUUUUCCGUGUCGGGGUUUUCCGCAAAGGACUUUGUAAAGCAUCAAAAGCCCAUCAGUGAUCCUGACACAUCUGGUUCAUCUACAGAGGAUGUUCAAACUCCAUGUCAAGUGCAGUCAGUCGCUCAUCUCUCGGACAGCGAGUUCAGCUGGGGCAGCACAGACAGCUCUUGUCUCGAAGGAGAACGCGAGGAGAGCGACAAACUCUGGGAGCUUCUGACCAGCUCGACGGAUCCAUAUCACCCGAUGCACUUCACGGCGUGUUUGUCCAGUGCGGCAAGCAAAACGCAGGAAAUUUCAAAGCCUGAAAGCCCCACGUCACAAUCCACAGCAUCUACAGGCUCUGAAUCUUCCAAAGCAGGUUCUGAAGAUGAAGAAGAAGAGGCCUUGUGGAGAUCCCUCUCUCAGAAUGAUGACCCAUAUCACCCGCUGAAUUUCAGAGCGCCGCUUCAAAGCUCACCAGCAACACCUACACCUCCCAAACACCAUUCACCCAGCCAGACCACGCAAGGUAAAGCCAGACUCUUCAAAUCUACGAGGCGCUCAAAGCUGCCUUCACCACCAAGCAAAGUUCCUCGCCAUUGCUGCCACAAAUUACCCUUAGAGACAUUAUCAGUGGUGCCAUGGAGAAGAUAUGUUGGUCUGACAGCGGUUCAGGGCAACCAGAGGAAACGUGCUACUUUUAAGAAGGUGAAAUUUUCUCCCAUCGUACAAGUUCAUAAGAUGCACACUUGGUCCUUUGCUCUUCAAGCUUCACGUAAGGGACCGUGGGAGGAGCUCGCGCGGGACAGAGACCGAUUCCGAAAGAGAAUCGGUGAAACUGAGAAGGCCAUUGGCUACUGUUUUAGUUUGUCACACAGGGAAAAGCUGUGGGCCUAUAAGGACAACCUACAGAAAGAAAGAAAAACAGCCCUUGAUCUGCAAAAUGUUGCUUCUGAUUGUAAUUAUUGAUCUUAUUAUUCCAAGGCCAGACUUUAGACUGUUAUAUUGACUUAAAUUGACAAUUAUACCUCACUGCUGUGUCCCAACACACAAUAUACCUUGACUGCUACUAAAUGUUAAUCAUUUUUUGCUAGGCCUCACAGAUUUUCAGUGUGACUGAUCACAUAUUUAUUUUAACACAAAUUGUGGAUUAGUAGGAGUUAUGGAGUAGUAGACUAGUGUUAUUUUAUUUGAAGGGACAGGUCACCCCAAAAUGCUGUCAUGUACUCACUCUCAUGCGGUGUAUAUAUAUAUAUAUAUAUAUAUAUAUAUAUAUAUAUAUAUAUACCACAUGAGAGUGAUUUGACCCUUUUGAGAGUGAGUUCACUCUUUUUUUUAAAGAAAUUAAUACUUUUAUUCAGCAAGGAUGCAUUAAAUUAAUUAAAAGUGACAGC